AUGCGCAGGCCAUCUCCUCCGCCACCACCACGCGCCAUGCAUUUGAUGUACACACUGGGCCCGGACGGCAAGAGAGUCUACACCCUCGAGAAGGUCACGCCUUCCGGCGAGAUCACCAAGUCCGCGCACCCUGCGCGCUUCUCGCCCGACGACAAGUACUCCCGCCAGCGUGUCACUCUCAAGCGCCGCUUCGACAUGUUGCCCCGCUAA